AUGGAAUCGACAGAGAUAUCGAAAGGCAGAAAAGGUGAAAAGAAGAAUAAUGAGCUAAAAAGAGGAAGAGUAGCAAGAGCAAAUCGAGAACUAAGUGCAUUUCAUAUGGGGCCAUAUUUAAUGCCCUUGUUGGGGUUGGGUUUGUCUUCCACCUUUAACUUCUUGUUGGCAAUGUUAUCUUCAAAUGUCGACUUUAAAUACACCUUAAUUAACCUUAAAUCAUGCAACUUCAAUCCUCAGGAUAAAAAAUUCGAAAUUUCUACUUCUAAUUUAAAGGGACAAGGAAGUGACAGUUCAUUAAAAACAAUGAACACGAAGAAAAAACAGCCUUUACUUUUCAUGAGGUUUCAAUAUGACGUUAUACGAAUACGAGACAAAAGCAUGAUUGCGGCUCUGCGGUUAAGGGAAAAUCAACCAAGCCACCUAAAUGACAAGGCUAGAGAGAAAGCGACGUUGGACUGGCAGGCAUUUACUAUUGAGGACAGAUUUAAACGCCUCUACAUAAAUACCUGCAACAAUAUAUACAUACACCCACGACAAAAUUAA